GGUUCCUGAUCCCUGUGGCGUUCAUUCUUAUCUUCAACAUGGUGGUGUUGGUAUAUUUUGCAGUUACAACAUCCAAGACCAACCCACAUAUAACCAGUACAAGACACACAUCGAUGAAGAAGAAGUUCCUCAGUAGCUUUUCUCUGGCUGUGGUGCUCAGUCUCUCCUGGAUCCUGGGCUAUCUGUUGCUCAUUACACAGAACCAGACCAUGUACACCAUACUCAACAUCUCCUUCUGUGUACUCACCACCACUCAGGUAGUAAAUGGCUUGCAGGUUUUCAUUCUGUUCACAGCAAGAACAGCAAUUGUCAAGAAAAUGAUGUCAAGUGCUUUGAAAUCUGUCUCUAGCGCUAGAAUCCCUCUUCACACCAAGAAGUUCAGUCUAUGGCGAGGCGAGCAAAGUGAAAAAGUAGAAUCAUACACACAGCAGGACACUGAUCUGUCAUUUCCACCUUGUUCCUCACAGACAUCUAACUGAUGGGCUGCAAGUUCAACCUCUGUUGGAAAAUAUCUCAUAUACCGCCACUAUUGCCAAUAACAUACAGUAUAAUACACACCAUUUUGAAUCAAUGUAUUUUUACUGUG